AUGCUUCUCCGCUCUCGCCCUUUCACGGCCUUCAGAAGUCUCAGUCUAAACGCUCGAAGAUCGUUGGAAUCUGAACUAAAUCAGGAGUUGAACGACAUCAGAAGUGCCGGUACCUACAAGAAUGAGAGAGUCAUACUUGGGAAGCAAGGGAUGGAGAUCAAAGUGGAGGGUCAGGACAAGGCUCUCCUCAACUUUUGUGCCAAUAACUACCUCGGGUUAAGCAGUAAUCCAGACGUUAUUCAGGUAAGAUCAUGAGCAUUUGUUUGCCAUGUAUUACAUAAUGUCACGUUGUCAAUAUACCUAGCUAUCUUGCUUCCAAAAGUGUAAUGUUCUUUUGCAAUGCCAUUUGACCAAAAGUUACUUUAAACAGUUGCGACAAGUUACUACAAUCCUUCGUCAAUUAUUUAUUGUUUUGUAAUAUUUGUACCUUUUUUUACUUUUUGUUACCUUUUUUGUAAAUUCUUUUGUUUUUUCUCAUUUUUUGUACUUCUUCGAAAACUUUUGUAUUUUAGGCCAGUAAAGCGGCCUUGGACAGUCAUGGUGCUGGUCUGAGUUCAGUACGCUUUAUUUGUGGUACUCAAGACAUCCACAAGCAGCUUGAGCGAAAGAUCGCCCAAUUCCAUGGUCGAGAUGACUGUAUCCUGUACGCUGCCUGCUUCGACGCCAAUGCUGGAGUCUUUGAAGUUCUGACGAGUAAGAUUAUUUUAUUUUUUAAUGCCAUUUUCAUCUAUAUUUUUAACUUAUAUUGCUAUUAUAACUUAAAGUAAGGUAAACUCAACAGAAUUGUAAAAUCUUGUUAUUUCAGCUAAAGAUGACGCCAUCAUAACAGACGAACUUAACCAUGCCUCAAUCAUCGAUGGAGUACGUCUAUCUAAAGCCAAGAGGUUCUUGUUCAAACAUAUGAACAUGGAGGACAUGGAGAGCAAGCUGCAAGAGGCUAAAGGUAUGAUUCACAUACUUUAUUUUCUUGUAACGUUCUGGAUAAUGCCAUCUUACCGUAAUAUUACAAACAGUACCCUAUUAAAAACUAGCUUUAUCAGUAAAUAUAAAAAACGCCUUUGUCAUACUGUAUUUUUAGAUUGUCGUCGCAGAGUGGUAGUAACCGACGGUGUGUUCAGUAUGGAUGGUGACAUAGCUCCACUGACCGAUAUCUACAAACUUGCUGACAAGUACAACGCUCUAGUCUUCCUCGAUGAAUGUCAUGCGACUGGCUUCCUCGGCCAAACUGGAAGAGGAACCGAGGAAGCGUUAGGUAAGUUAAACAAUGUACUGCCAAACUAUGUAUGUUAAACAGUACAAUACUUUUUACUAUAGCCGUAACUUGGAAUACUUAUACUUCAUCUCAGGUCUCGGAACUCGCGCUGACAUAAUAAACUCGACCCUUGGCAAAGCUUUGGGCGGUGCCAUGGGAGGAUAUACGGUAGGACCAAAACCAUUCAUCGACCUACUUCGACAACGAAGCCGGCCCUACUUGUUCUCCAACUCUUUGGCUCCCUCUUUGGUUGGUGGAGCUAUCAAGGUAACUUAUAUCUUUACAAAGUAGAAAAGUUUCUAAAGCGAUACACAAAGUAAAUCAUUUAGGUUAUUGACCUUUUGUCAGACCCAAACAACGUCUUCAAAUCGGCAUUGGAUGAGAAUGUAAAACUAUUCAGAACCAAAAUGUCAGAAUUGGGCUUCAAGGUAAUGGGAGACCCUAGACAUCCCAUCUGUCCAGUAUUCUUGGGUGAAGCCAGUUUGGCCUCAAAGUUUGCCGAUGAAAUGCUGAAGGAAGGUAUCUACGUCAUCGGCUUCAGCUACCCUGUGGUACCCAAAGGAAAGGCCAGGAUCCGAGUUCAGGUAUGUUAUCAACAUUCAUCCAUUUUACUACUACAUUUCUGACUGUAAUUGUGAUAUGAAAGUGAUUUUGUUUUAGAUAUCGGCCGCUCAUUCAACAGAACAAGUAGAACGAUGCAUUAAUGCCUUCAAACAGAUCGGAGCCAAACUGAACGUGAUUUAA